GUGUUGCUGAGAAUCUUCUCAUCAAGCCAAAGGCUGCCAAAACUUUCCAAACAGAGAGAGUUCCUAGAAGCAGCGUUCUGCAGCGGCUGCAGAACUUCCUGCCUCAGAUGGCUGAAGCCAACAAGAAGCUGAUGCAGCAGAUAGAGGAGGCUCCCGUCGGUCACUUUGAUAUCGAGAAUGUCAAGGAGGCAGAAAAAGUCAUAGAAAUGGAUGUGGCUCUAGUGGAGCUUGAUGACUCCGACAGUCGGUCUGAUGAAGAUGAGGAGACAUCAGACUCUGAGGAGGACAACAGAGAAAUCACAGAGGAGAACCUCAAACUGCCUGGAGACAGAGGCAAGAAAAGGAAAGCCAACAUCCAGGUUCUGGAUCAGCAGGGGGACUAGAUGAGUCAGUCAGGUGGUGUUGAAAAAACUACUCCUGCAAAUUUUUAAAUCUUCCUAAUGGAUAAAAACACAUGAACAGAAGGCUUCUGUGUGACUUCUCUUCCCCAAUGGAAAAUCAGUAAGCUUGUUAUGUAGACAAAGAGAAGGAAGAGUCCAGUCCAGACUUCUCUUUCAAAGUGAAAACUGUCUACUGGUUUUAAAAGUUUCUACACUUCCUGAUAACACUUUAAAUAACAAUUUGCA